AUGGCAUAUGUCAAGCUGUCGGAUGCAGAGCGGCAAGAGUCGGACGAGCAACACUAUGAGGACCAGGAAAAGCGCUUUGAAAGACACGAGUGCCGUUAUCGGCUGGGCACUCUUGUCACACUUUGGUUGCUCAGUCUCGGAGUUGCAUGCGGCGUUACACGGUGGUACUAUGUAUCCACUUGUACAAAUAUUGAGACUGUCGCUGCUGUUGACUAUAACUGUAAGUUAUGAGCAAAAUCCAGAAUCCGUAAUGAUCACGAUUCCCCUCCAGUAUGAUUGACCUGAGUCGUAGCACCGCUGUAUGGUCGGCUCAACCCACGCCUUGUUGACGCGACACCGGAAAGAAGCCUCUGGGAUGACGGCAGCAGCAUAUACCGGCACGAACCAUCUCCUGAGGCCGAUGCUGCGUGGGAAGCCCUCGUGCGGUGGAACCCGAUAUUGAUCAGCGAAGAUGAUAUGGCCCAUCUGGAUCUGCCGACCAAGGGCGCGGUAAAGUGGCCAGGUGAUCAAUCAGGUCGCUCGUACGUGGCUCGAAUGGACAUUUUCCACCUGCUUCACUGCGUUAACGAGCUGCGUAAGGGAAAUUGGUUCAACUACUACCAGUGAGCGUCCGCAGAUUUAUGUCUGGCAGAUGAAUCAGGCUGACAGAUUAUCUCAGGCGCAAUGAGACGCUCAACCCAGCGUAUUACAAUCAUAAGAAACAUUGUCUGGAUAUUAUCCGACAAGAGAUUAUGUGCACCGGCUCGAUGAAUGUGUACCGCUUAGUAUGGUCGGAUCACCAAAAAAGACCAUGGCCCGAAUUCACAAUCCAUCGCAAAUGUCGAAACUUUGAUGACAUAAUGGAUUGGUAUGAGAGUCACCGAAUGAGUGACGAAGAUUUUGAACAGCUGCCUAAAAUGGAGAAGCCAGAAGGCGAAUUUGCAGUCCCAAUGCCGCCGGAAGGAGUCCAGAUCGUAGAAGCGGUAGAUGUCUGGCAAAAGAAAUGGGGCAUCGAAGAUUGGAACGAUUGA